AUGAACGUGUCGCAUCCGGCGGUUCAUUUUGGUCCUUGUGCUAAAGAAUGUUACAGUCGUUUUUCUCACUUCUGUCUUCGGGUAUUAGCGCCGGAUUCACCCACACUCGAUCUCCCCCCACUAUCCCACCACCAGAUAAGUUCUGCAUGGGUGAAAUUUUCCGCCGCUGAGCAGCGGACACAUCAGAAUUCAUCCAGCUGUUUCCUGCCACGUGUGCUGCUUUCCUUAUUGGAUGGAGAAGCUCGGGAUAUAGUACGAGACAAACAUAUAUUGAAAGAUGGGGUCACGGAAGAUGUCUUCGAACGGCUUUGCGCAUGCUUGAUAGAGCGGAUCCACCCAGUCGAACAUCAAUAUCGGUUCCAGUCACGGAUCCAACUGUCGGGCGAAAGAAUGUCGAAUUUUGUCCGAAAACUGCGGCGAAUAAUUGAAGACGCUUUUCCGGACGGCACUACAAGUNUGCUGCUUUCCUUAUUGGAUGGAGAAGCUCGGGAUAUAGCACGAGACGAACAUAUCUUGAGAGAUGGGAUCACGGAAGAUGUCUUUGAACGGCUUCGCGCAUGCUUGACAGAGCGGAUCCACCCAGUCGAACAUCACUAUCGGUACCCGUCACGGAUCCAACUGUCGGGCGAAAGACUGUCGAAUUUUGUCCCGGAAUUGCGGCGAAUAAGUGAAGACGCUUUUCCUGGGUUAACCGACGGACAGUGGGAAGAAAAGAUCCUUAAGCAGAUCGUUGUUGGUACCCGAGCCUCUAAACUCCGCGAGCGGUUUUUGGGUAGUCCUCCUCACUCGGUUGCAGCGGCACUACAAGUGGCGAACCAGGACAUCUUGGGCGUCCUGCAGAGGAACGCGGCACACCUCGCCCCCGUCCACAUUCAACAACAACAACAACAUAGCAGACGUUGGACACCAGCCCAAGGACGACCAUACCAUCCCAUGCCAUUGCGCCCUAACCGACCGUACUUUCACUCUACCUUUCAACGUCCAGCCCCAACCAAACUUUCGAGAUGGCCUAUCCCGAACCGUGACUGCCCUUACUGUCAGCGCUUCGGGACACACGCCCGAACCUGUGGACACAAUGGACCACGUGAUUUCACUCAUUUCCGGUGUAUUCCGAUUUCCACCUUUGAUUUUUUGAGUACGCACCAGACACCCCCUGUAUCAUCCGUUAUGUUGACAAUGAAAUUCCCCACGUUUAUUAUCCCCCCAUUUGUAACCCCCGCCCCAUUUUUGUGUUUAGUGUGUAUGUAUGAACUGGCGUUUGUUUGUCCUUACCACUUCACCCAUUUGGCCCUGAGGUCAUCCGGCCAUUUGUAUCUGACUUUGCACGUGUGA